AUGCAACAAGAUCAAAUUUCACCACUCUUCAAUCUCACACAUCUUCUUCGUCGCCAGAUGAGCACGGAAACAGAAAGUAUUGUUGAUAGGCUCAAGAGUUCUGGAUUAUGGCGAACCAAAGGUCUAAUUGGAGGAAAAUGGAUUGAUGCUUAUGAUGGGAAGACAAGCGAGGAUGGCGAGUCGGCUGCAAUCAAGGAGAGGUGUCGAUUAAAGAAGAUCCAAGAGUGGCAAGCAGCAUCGGGAGAAACGACACUGCCAACAAGAUGGCAGCUUUCAGCACCAAACGAUACCGUUUCUUCAAUCCCAGUAUUUGGAGCUGAAAGGAGUUUAAGCAUGCAAACAGGGAAGUUUCUCGUACACGUGGAUAGGUUAACGGUGCAGAAGAGGGUUUCACAUAUAGCAUCAGUCUUUCCAAGGUUUUGCAUCAUCAACACUUCAGUUAUCGGAUAUUCAAUAAGCGACUUUAAUCAGCGACUUCAAUCCUUUCGUAAUAUUCGUCCACCAAGGUACCUCGAUUGAAUUCAAAGGUGGAUGACAACACAUGUCUAUUAAUACCAAAGCUCGAAAAGUAAUUUCAGAUUGUUAUUUUUGAAUCAACAAUAUUCUUGAAUUAGCUUUUUUUUUUUUCGGAUUCUCUUUGGUAGUAUUGGUCAUCAUGGUGUUCGCUAUUCCAACAUUGAUACUUAUUGGUUUAUUUUCGCUGUUAUUCUCUAUCUUAAGUAAAGACUGCUUUUUGGGUUAUGAUUGUAAUUAGAAUAUUCUUCUUUUAAUAUGUGUGUGGCAUAUGUGUGUUCUUUUCUUCUUCCUUUUAUAAGUAUAUCUUCUCGAUAUGAGAAAAGAUAUAUCAAAUAUGAAGAAAUUAAAUAAAAUGGUAAAUUCUUGGGGUAUGAAACCGAUGCAUGCAUUCUUCGAAAUCUGUUUUCCUGUGUAUUGAAUGUGUAACAAGAUGAAACAAUGUGAAAUGUCAUUUUUGCACCAGUCAAAUUGUUUUUAAUUUACCAAUUAAGGCAUUGUACUUAUUUUUUUCAUGUUGUAAUUAUGUUCAAAGGAA